UCGCAGUGCAGCGUCUGUCUCCUACGCAACAUGAAGGUGUACGUCGUCCUGUCAGCGCUUGCUCUGUGCGUCAUCGCCGAGCCACCAGUCGACCGAUCUUACCUGCCUCCCAGCUCUGAGUACGGACCUCCCUCGGCCUCCCCUCUCAGCUCUCAGUACGCCGCCCCAGCAGCCAACGGCCUCAGCACUCAGUACGGAGCUCCUGCGCUGACAGGCGCUGCUUUUGGCCGCUCAGGCGCUUCCAGCCAGGGUUCAGCGGCUCGCGUCUCCUCCAGCUUUGGAAGCGCCUCCUCCAGGAGGUUUGGAGCCGGCAGGAGGAUCGGAGGUGGUCUCUCCACUCGCUAUGGCGCUCCUUCGACGGCUGGCCGAGCCGCUGGCUUCGGCGGACUCGGCCUGUCCACACAGUACGGCGCCCCUUCUUACUCUGGUGACGCGCUUUCCACUCAGUACGGUGCGCCCUCUGGUAACGCUGAUGGCCUUUCUACAGUGUAUGGAGUUCCCGGAUAUGGCUACGGUCGCGCUGGAGCCCAGGAAAAUCCACUUGCCGAGCCGGCCAACUACGAGUUCAGCUACUCAGUGCAGGACGGCGAGACGCUGAGUGACUUUGGACAAGAGGAGUCCAGGCAGGGGGAGAGCGCCCAGGGCCAAUACCGCGUGCUGCUGCCCGACGGCCGCAAGCAGAUCGUCUCCUACCAGGCGGACGAGGGCGGCUACAGGCCCACCGUUGAGUACCAGGACACCGGACUCACCGCCUACUCCGCCGGCGGAUACGGCUUCGGCAGGGGGCGCGCUGGAUCUGGAGCUCGAAACAGUGGAUACCACUACUGAACAACUACUGGACUGUUCAGAAUGAUGAAACUAAACGAUGCUACCAUCUAAUGUACAACAUACGAAACUCAUUCUAGAGACAUAUAGAUAUAGUAUUUAUAAAGAAUGGAUGUUACAUUUCAGAUCAUAGAAUGAAUGUUUGAUGUACGUAUCUCCAUUAGA